GUCUACGAAAACCGGAACGGGCCCGGAUUUUUAUCCGGCCAAGGACUGUCUACUCGCCAAAAUUUCUGCCGUUACAACAACAACAACAACAACAAGGAAUUCGGAACCAAUCAGUCGCUUAUAAAUAUCGGAUGCAUGCGCAACACCCAGAAGCGUGAGACGUGUCCAAAACGAUUUCGACACAAGCAGUUCUAAAAACAAAACUCAACUAAAGUAAAUAGCAAAACAAUCACAGCACAACAACUCAACAAAUUUAAGGGACCCGACAAUAAUCAGCAAACAAACACAGCGCUACCAGGAAUAAUAGUGUUAACCACAACAUUGCACAAAGGGCGUUGAGCAAACAUUGACUGAUGACAUAGCAUUGCGUGACUACCUCUAUUGACAAAAUUUGAGAUGUGUGAAUCUGCAGCGAACAGACAAAACAGCUUAUGUCUUUUGUUUUGAAGACUUAAUUUUGCUGGAUUUCAUUAGCAGCGCUGAAACAGUUUUUUAAUAACUAAUGUUUGGGAAUAUGAAUAAUGGUGGCCAUGCGCCAUACGGAUUCAAUGGUUAUAGACCGAGCGGUGGGCGUAGGUGGGGCAUGUCCCAUUCCCUGCCAUCCGGCAUGUCACGUUAUGCGUUUUCACCGCAGGAUACAGAUUUCACCUCGUCGUAUCCAGGUCCACCAAUGAAUCGGCGCGGUUAUAACGAUUUUUCAGGCGGCGGUGGCAGUAUGGGUGGUGGCGGCGGCAGCGCCAUGGGUUCCAUGAACAAUAUGGCGCCCGCCGCCAGCACAAAUUCACUGAAUUGUGGCAGCGGUGGCGGUGGCGGUGGCGGAGACGGACUAGGCGGCGGCUCGAAUGGCACAAAUCUAAUUGUGAACUAUCUACCACAAGAUAUGACAGAUCGUGAACUCUAUGCUUUAUUUAGGACAAUCGGUCCUAUAAACACUUGCAGAAUAAUGAGAGACUAUAAGACUGGUUACAGUUUUGGUUACGCUUUUGUUGAUUACGCUUCCGAAACGGAUUCACAGCGAGCGAUAAGAAGCUUAAACGGCAUUACAGUGCGCAAUAAGCGUUUAAAGGUUUCAUAUGCUCGUCCUGGCGGUGAAUCGAUUAAGGAUACCAAUUUGUAUGUUACGAAUCUACCACGUACAAUAACCGAUGAUCAAUUGGAUACCAUAUUCGGUAAAUAUGGCAUGAUUGUACAAAAGAAUAUACUAAGAGACAAAUUGACGGGCAAACCACGUGGCGUUGCAUUUGUCAGAUUCAAUAAGCGCGAAGAAGCGCAAGAGGCAAUUUCCGCUCUGAACAAUGUCAUACCCGAGGGUGGAUCUCAGCCGCUCACUGUACGCUUAGCCGAGGAGCAUGGCAAAGCGAAAGCGCAGCAAUACAUGUCACAGCUGAAAUUGAUUGGUGGCGGCGGCGGCGGCGGUG